ACUCACUGUCACACGGAUCUCCAAGACUAGAUCCAACUUCAGAAUAAUCAAAGAACAAUAUAUUCCCGAUCUUGGUAGACUGGUACGUCUCAUAGCAUUUUUAAAUGAGCCCAUUCAUCUCAAAAUAGGGUUGAAAAAAAACGAUUUUUUUAAUUUAUUGGUGGUGAGUUGUAGUCUUGAAUCAUUGCAGUCUUUGGAGAUAUUGAAGGAAGAGCAAGAUAUGGGCUCAGAGGGGAACUUGGUGGUGACGGAGUGGGAAAUGGAACGAAUCACGUCCAGAAAAAGAAAUUCCAGCUUACAUUAGUGUUUCACAAAGAAUAAACACGAGGAUAAAAGACUUUUUAAAAAAAGAUUUUGACAUGUUCACAAUCUCCAUCAACAGUUGACUGGAAAGAUUGAAAAAAUGCGCCUUGCUAAAUAUAUUGCUUGGCGCCUGCUGAGUUUUUUUUUCUAGAAAACCCACUGGCCAGGAAUAAAUCUGAGCCAGGGACUGAGAGAUUUCUGUUGCCUCUGUUCUGCAUCCUUCUUUCCUGUGAGUAGAGGUUUAUCCACCCUACCCCCCACCCCUCCCUCCUUGGACAGUGGGGGAGUCCUCACCCUAUUUGGAAAUCUUCAUCUCCCACAGGAAGACGAGCAGAUCCCACAAGAGGAACCAAGAUUCCCGGAGGAACGGGAGAGAGAGAGAGAAAGGCCAGUUGACAGCCCUGAAACUUGUCAGCAUCAUGGCCCAGUCUAAGAUCAAUCAGGUAAAGGGGAACGAUGUAGAAAACAAGUUCUUCCGCUCUAUGUCCAUGGCAGAUCGAUCGGGGCGGCUCCUGGAGACACUGGACAACUUAGAGCUGAGGGUGGAAGCUUUGCGGGAAGCAGCAGCUUCAAUGGAGCAAGAAAAGGAGACCCUCCUGGAACUGAUCCAAAGUGUGCAGAACAGCCAGGAUAUGAAGCAUAUUAGUGAUGAUACAAACACAGAUGAAAAUACAAGUUCUAUCUGGAUGUCAUUUUACUGCUCGGUCUAUUCCAAUCUUUACACAGGCGAACGGGAAGAACUCAACUUAACAGCCGAUCGCCUCAUUGGCCGAACCCUAACAGUGACAGUUUCUGUGGAAACAAUCCGGAGCCUUCAGCAGGAGGAGGCCCUCAGCAAGGCCACUGCAGUGAUUGAUGAGGUGGUCAGCAAGAUCCUGGAGGAUUUGAGAAGCACCAAGAACUGCUUAAUGGCUCUCUACAAUGCCUGCUCCUCUGAUGUCCCUCGGGGCCCAGUUGACCAGAAGUUCCAAUCCAUAAUCAUAGGCUGUGCCUUGGAAGAUCAGAAAAAAAUCAAAAGCAGACUGGAAAAGCUGAUUAGAAAUGUCUCCAAUGCUAACAGAUCGAUUACUCUGUUGGACCAGCAGAAAGCAAAGCCUGGCAACUACAAUCAUAUUUACUGAAUCACUCCAUGCCUGUGCUAUUUAAACAACAAAACAUACUUGGCCGCAUUGACACAAUCGUGUCAGUGAGUUAGAUGUCGGAUGACUUGUAGCAAAACUCACGGCAGAUGGUCUCUUUUAUAGCAAGAGAGGUCUAUUAACUCAGCAAACCAUCUAUUUAAACUACAAGCUGCAGAAAACACAGUCUAUAGAGUCUGUUUAAAGGUGUCACUGCUAAUUGCAUCAAAUCAUGCUUAUGAAAAUAGAGCAAACAGAACUCAUGGCCUUAUAAAAUCUGCUGAUAAAAGCAAGAUUACAUUUGCAUAAUUAAUUCAGUGUGGAGGAUAGUUACAUAAAACAAUUUAUGUCCAUAAACCAAUCCCACUCAUCAUCAGUUCAGUCUCCAGGCGUACUUAUCAGAAGCGAUUAUCCAGUCAUCUCAAUCUCACUGGUAAUUGUGGUAUCACUACAUGCAACCCAAGAUAUGUUGACUAUAACAGCAGCACUGGCACAUCAAGGAGUAAUGUCCCCCUCAAAGGAAUCCUAGAUGGGAAGAAUGUGAGAUGAUUUAAGAGCCUGGAGAUACUGCCGGAAUAGUAGUAGGUGGUAAAUCCUUCCCAUAAUCAGGAGAUAGAUACUUCCAAAGUCAAUUUCCAGUUGAAUAUACUACUGUCCAGUGUAGCUUUGGUCAUUUUGCAAUUGUAUGGUUAGUGGAGACUUUCAUUCUUCAUAUGCACACAUUCCUGAUGAGGAUUGUUUUAGUGCAGAACAUGAUUAGUAAUUACAACAUCCACAAUAACAAUUAUUUUUGUGACUGCCUGUGCUCUGAUUAGGGAAAUCUCCCACAAUGUAACUAAGUAACCUGAUUUUACAUAAAAGGAAUGAUAUUAAACCAUUCUAUACAGGUCUACUUACCAGUUUUAAUGGUGUAAAACUGUCAGUUUCUUAGCAAAUUAGUUUUAUUAUAUUAAAAAAAAUCUUGAACAUGUGCUCAUAUGUUCUUGUGAAAAGAGAAAAUGUAAUUUUAAAAGCCUUCUUAAAGGCUUGCCAACAAGCAGAAAUGGUCAUAAUGCUGCAUGGGGAUUAAUUGUAUUUUGAGGUGUGGUCAGCUUUAAGAACAAUGUAUUUUUGUAGGCACUAAAUUAGAAUUAUUGUUUUAAAAUAAAAUUAUGGAACCGCAAUUGGCAUUAUGUAAUUUGUUUUUGAAACUCCAUGUUUCUGAGGUCAGGUUUAAUUGAUUUUGGGCAGAAAGAGAAAAGUGCAUCAGAGUGGAAACUCUGACUCAAUAAUUCCAUUUAACAUGUGUCUUAAAGAUUUUAAAAUACUGACUGGAAUCGAUGGUGAUGAUAUUGUACUAAGACACAAAAGAGCAAAAAUGUUAGCUGAUUCUUCCUACAAGUGCACGGCUGAAAUAUUAUUGUACGCUUGCAUUACUCACCACAUAUGAGUGGGUUUUUUUCUGUAGCAGCUUUCUUAGAAGUCGAUUGUCACUGCUGUGAAUAAAGACUCCAAACUGGCAUUUAUAGAAAUGCCACAAAUAAAACAAGGUUCUUCAUUUCUGACAUUUUCAGCUCUAGAUAUCUGCAGAUCCAAAUGAAAAUGAGCUCUGUACUUGCAGAUAUGAUGUGCAUUUCCUUGAAUAA